AUGACGAUAAAUAACUUUCUUUAUGGAUUCUUCUUGCCACCUUCCUUUCUGGUUCUCUUCUUCAUUGGGCUCACCCUCACCACCCCUACCACUGCAGCCCCACAGCCAAAACCACAAUCUUGCAAUGACUUGUUACUUCUUGACUCUUCUAUCUGCAACUAUCGUUCUUCUUCAGACUCCAAGUUUCAUCAUCUUCCUGAGAAUUCCACUCUGGUGAAUCAUAUUUGGCAACAAGGCUCUCUUAGUUCUGGAUCUGAUGUCAAAUCUUUUGGUCACAUAGAUUUUGUCUCAUCCCAAGUUUCCCAUGAUGAUGAUAAUGAUGAUAGGAAUUCAGAUAAGUCAGAGAUUUUAAUCAGAAAAGUUCAUGGAAUAUUGAGUGGAAUAGGGUGGGGGAUUCUGAUGCCAACAGGGGCGAUGGUGGCUCGUUAUUUGAAAGCAUUUAAAGCUGCUGGAUUUUCUUGGUGGUUUAAUCUGCACAUGGCUUGCCAGAUUGUGGCGUGUUUAAGUGGCACGACUAGUUUUGCUCUGGGAAUUUACAUGGCAAUUGAUAGUGACCAAUUUUCUGAUGUUCAUGGCUACAUUGGAUUCGCUAUAUACUGUGCUUCUACUGCUCAAGUCGUGCUCGCUCUGAAUUACAGGCCUGACGAAGGUGACAAGGACAAAAUCUUGUGGAACAUUUGUCACUAUGUAAUUGGUUAUGGAGUCAUCGUUCUUGCCAUCUUCGGCAUGUUCAAAGGCUUCUCCAUUUCAAACUCUUGUCAUCAUCAUCGGACAUGGAACAAUGCUUUCUUUGGCACGAUUGUUUCAUUGGGUUGCGUGGCUUUCAUAGUAGAGGUCGCUACUUGGUUUCUGGUGUGCGGGAACAGGAAGGAGGAGGAGGAGAAUUCUGAUGACAAUGUGUAG